GGGCCGGCCUGGGCGCGGCGGCCGAGCCGGGCUCUCCUGCCACCUGGGACGCGCCGCCGCCGCUCUGGAAGAGGCAGGCCCCAGCGCCCUGCGCUCGCCAUGGCCACCUAGGCGGCGACGUGAGCGGCUUGGCGACCCCGCGCUGGGGCCGGGCCGCGCCCAGAGCGCCGCCGAGCCCGCAGCGCCCAGAGCCCCGGGCCAUGCGGCCGCCGCCUCUGUUACUGCUGCCGCUGCUGUUACUGCUCAGUAGCUGCGGCGCAGCGGCGCCCCCGGCAGACACCCCCUUCCAGCUGCCUGCUCCUCGAAACCUGAAGGUUCACCUGUACAAUGCCCAGCAGGCUCUGAGCUGGGAUCCCGUGUCCCUGAACAAUGACACAAGGCCGGUAGUCUACCAGGUGCAGUAUAAAUACAGCACUAGUAGUACCUGGUAUGACGUCAACAAAAAAGACAGCAGGGUGGAUUGUACGAACCUCACCGGGACUGAGUGUAACUUUACCGCAAACAGCCUCUCGGAGGGUUUCCCACGGCAUUUCAACAUCUCUUUACGCCUCCGAGCUAAGCUGGGGGACCUCGUCUCUGCCUGGGUAAAGGCUCCUUGGUUCGAACACUAUCGGAACGCCACCAUCGGGCCUCCAGAAGACAUCUGGGUGACCCCAGAAGAAGGCUCCCUUAUCAUCAGCUUUUCUUCUCCCUUUGAUGUCCCUGCCUCUGUGGCCUAUUUUUUGUACUAUGUCUACUACUGGGAAAAGGCAGGAAUCAAACAGGUGACACGCCCUUGCAGGAGCAACUUCAUCACGUUGAAUGAUUUAAAACCCUUAAGAGUAUACUGUUUCCAAGUCAAGGCGGAACUGUUUUUGGCAAAAGAAAACGUCUCUAGACCUGGGCAUUUAAGCAACAUAUCUUGCUCCGAAACAACAGUGGACGCCUCUACCAAGCUUCAACAAGUCAUCCUGAUCUCUGUGGGAACCUUUUUGUUGCUGUCAGUGCUGGUGGGGGCCUGUCUCUUCCUGGUCCUGAAAUACAGAGGCCUGGUUAAAUACUGGUUUCACUCUCCACCAAGCAUCCCAUCACAAAUAGAAGAGUAUUUAAAGGAUCCAGCUCAGCCCAUCUUAGACGCCUUGGACAAGGACAGCUCGCCAAAGGAUGAUGCCUGGGACUCUGUGUCCAUUGUGUCGUUUCCAGAGAAUGAGCAAGAAGACAUUCUCCAAAACACUCUGAACCAAAGCACCGAUCCAAGCCACCAGCCCGUGGAAGGAGGACCCUGAGACAGUGAAGCUGAGGAUGUGCCUUUCAGGACUUGAUGGAGCCCACUACUCCUUAUUCCUGUCGUGAAAAGACCCGGGGGUGCCUGGGGAGAGGUCGUGGGUCCCGUGGGAGAGAAAAACUUACUUUUUUUAAACAAAGAAUUUCCUAGGGCUUCCCUGGUGACGCAGUGGUUGAGAGUCUGCCUGCCGAUGCAGGGGACACGGGUUCGUGCCCUGGACCAGGAAGAUCCCACGUGCCACGGAGCGGCUGGGCCCGUGAGCCAUGGCCGCUGGGCCUGAGCGUCCGGAGUCUGUGCUCCGAGACGGGAGAGACCACAACAGUGAGAGGCCCGCGUACCACAAAAAAAAAAAAAGAAUUUCCUAAAUCCUACAAGUUUCUAGACCGAUUCUACAUACCAAAAAAAUUAAGGUUUCUCUUAAACACUAAAAAGGCCCAUAAUUAUUUGUUAUCAAAAUGGCUGUGGCACCCCUCUGAUAUUUUGUACAUUGUGGGUGGGGCCAGGCGGUCAAGAGACAGGGUCCUCUCCUGGCUAUGGCAAGGAGCUUGGGCCCCUUGGGCAGGUCACCUAAGCUGUCCCAGCCUCUCCCAACAAGGGACACUGAGUGUCCUGGCUUAAAAUGUGAUUAAUCCUGUAAAUAGUUUCCUAUUAAUUUAAGGGUCAUUUUUUUUUCAAGCUAGAAAUAAAAGACUGUAUAGUUAACUUUUUAAAA